AUGCUCUCUCCCUUCCAAUCCUUUUUCAUUCUCACCGUAUUGCUUUCUAAGCCACCCGCUCGCGACUCGCCCUCUUUUCACCUCGGUCUACCUUUCGGUUCAAGGCGGCUUCUCCUUCGUCCGGCCUUGGCAGCGUCAAGCCCAACCAUCACCAGUUCUGGAUCUUCAGAGGUCUUCCUCGCCCUUGUGGAAUGUGCCUCUUUCUCACGACGGCUUGACUCUGUCGAGGAAGUGGAAUACAUUGCCGACGUCCAGUGGAACACCAAAGCAUUUCAGAAUCUCGUGACAGAGGAGGACGCCAAGGAUCUACUCGAAGCCCUGAGCACGAAUCAGCUGAAGAUUGAGACGUUGACCGAUUUGAUCGUCGGUAAAGGGACCGGCUUGAUCGUCUUGGAAUACGGGGGACUAGGCACGGGCGAAACUUGCACGGCCGAGAGUGUCGCCGACUAUGCACAGAAGCCUCUGUAUCGCGUGACAUGCAGAGACAUUGGAACCGAGCCCGUCGAAGUCGAGAAGUACCUGGAGACCGUGCUUCGCCUCGGCCAUCGCUGGAGUUGCGUCGUCCUCCUGGACGACGCGGACAUUUUCCUGGAGGAACGGACACUCGCGGACCUGAGACGGAAUGCUCUCGUGUCCGUCCGUCUUCCUGCGCGUCCUCGAGUACUACAACCGGUCCUCAAGUAUGCAGGUAGGUAG